AUGGAAAGUUAUUCAGAAGAUGAAAGAAAUUUUCAAACUCCUGAAUAUACAAAACCUAGAUUAAAUGGUUUAGAAGGAAAGUAUAUUCAUUCUACACCAUUAUCUCAAUCUAUUCCUUGUUCAACAUUUCAUCCAAUCUCAUUAGGUUUAACAGGAUAUCAAGAUAUAUCAAACAAUGAAAAAACAACACCUCUUUAUAUUCCAUUAUCAGAUGAAGGAUAUUCAUCAGUUGGAUCUAGUUCAACACCAACUGGUUUUUCAAAUAAUCUUCCUACAUCUGAUGUAAUAAAUCAGUAUAAGGAUUAUAGGCCAGCUGGAUGUAUUCAUAAUUCUAUGAAUCAAAGAGAAAAAUUAGAGAUUGUUGCACUAGAAUUACUCAAUCAAGCUCGUCUAAUCCCAAACUAUCCUUGUACUGGUGGACAUUUACUAAAUAGAAAUAUUUUAGGAAUGAAUGAAGAGAAUAAUAAACCGCAACCACUCUAUUUUAAAGAGUUUCAUGAAAAAUAUCAUUCAUUAUCACAAUCGAAUUUGAAAUUUGGAAAUUCUAAUUAUUCAUCGAUUGUUAAUCAAAAUAAUAAUGAAUGUAUUAAUUUAAGUCGACAAGAUUUAAAUUAUGCGAAAUUAUUAUCUUCAACUAAUACAAAUACUUGUCAUUAUCAGAAUAAUAGACAAUAUUUUAAUGACCAAUUAAAUUAUUCCAAACAGUUUGAAAAGAUUUCUAAAACUGUGAGAAAUGAUAACAUUUGUACGGAUCAAAUCGAUGCAAAUCAAUCAAUUGAUAGUCGUAAUCAAAUAUGCAAUCAAAUUCUUGGUCAAGUACGUCGAGAAAUGAUUCGACUUAUUGAUAAUAGUAUGCAUCAACUAGAGACUUAUUUACAAACUCAUCAUUUUAAAGAUUGGCAUAAUUCACCGACAAUAUUGAAUUAUUGUAAUUCAUUGAAAUCUAUGCAAUCAGAUUAUGCGCAUGAUUGUAAUAUGACGCCACUUAAUUUGAAAUUUACAAAAAAUAAUGGGAAUACAGAUUCGAAGAAUAUGAAUAAUAAUAAUAGUAAUAAUAAAUUCAAUGAAAAUCAACCAAUCGAUACAGAGUUUAUGCCCACUACGAUUGUAUCAUCUGAAUUAAGAUGUAACAAUUUAAAAUGUACGCCGACAACAACAACAACAAUAUCAACAGAUUCGUCAACUUAUUCAACAAAAACAAAACAAUUACGUUUUAAUAAUAAAACGCGUCGACUGAGAAUUCAUCAAUUCAACAGUCAGCUAUUUGUUGAUAGAAAUCAGACAAAGAAAUUGAAUAAACUAUCACCAAGUUGUAAUAAACGUCCAAUAAAUAAUGAUUUAGAAGAACCUCCAAAUAAAAUUGCUCAUUUAGAUGAAUCAUUAGAUUUGAGAAUUCAUCCAAAUGAUCAUGAGAAUAAUAAUCAAACAGAACAAAUCGAUUCAUCAGAUAAUCAUUCAAGUAAUUGUUCUCAAACACGUUUGAAAAGAUCAAUACUUAGUAGUCAAACCAGGACAACAACAUUGAGUGCAGUUCAUUUGAAAAAAGCUAAAAUGAUGUUUAUGUAUUCUCGUUAUCCAACAUCAAGUCUACUAAGAUCAUAUUUUCCAGAAGUUUGUUUUAAUCGUGGAUCUACAGCACAAUUAGUAAAAUGGUUUAGUAAUUUCCGAGAGUUUUUUUACAUACAGAUAGAAAAGUUUGUUCGUCAACAGAAAGCUAACGGUUUAAAGAAAGCGGACGAUAUUCGAUUGUCACGUGAACAUGAAUUGAUACGCAGUAUGGAGAUACAUUUUAACAAAGGUGACGAAAUCGAAACUCCAAAAGAAUUUCUCGAAGCUAUCCAUGUUGCUGUAUGGGAAUUCGCUGAUGCUAUCUUAAACGAGCGUGAUGUUAAUGCAUCAUGGAAAAAAACUAUAUAUAAAAAGAUUUCCAUAUUAGAUAUACAAUUUCCUGAAUUUUUUAGAUGUUAA